UGGUAACAGAGGCGAGAGGUAACGCGAUUCGGUUAUUUCUGCAAUUACGGCGAGAGAGGCAGUUAGACGCGGGCCACUGCAUUGACAGCUGCGGGUAAAACUAACGUCCGCGUUUCGUGCGUAAUUCACGUGCGUGCACGACAUCCACAGUUUUAUAAUUAAAUCAGUUACCGUGAAACAGCAGCGAUAACCUAGCUGCCGUCUGAAACACUGGACGUCGCUGUAAAUGCAAUGUUCACAUGAAGCUACUAAAGUUUUUGCUUCGUUACUUCCCGCCAGGUCUCGCCUUGGAGUAUACACAAGGUGGAGAUGUCAAAACGAAGAUGAUCGAUCUUCUCGAUCUGUCUGCUGAAACGGACAUAAGAGCAUUAGCGGAGAGCAUAAAAGCGGCCGAGCCUGUAAUAACCGAAAGUGUAAUGGAGCAGUUAGUGGAGACCCUGCAGAAGCUGCAGGCCAAAGUUUGCGAUACAAACGCGAAGCGCUACUACAAAUACAAAACCUUGCAGACCCAUCUUCUGCCCCUUACGAAUAUCGCGUUCGAUAAAUUAGGUAAAAGAUGCUUGACAGGCAGCUAUGACCGAACGUGUAAAGUUUGGGACAUUGACAGUGGAACGGAGCUUCUUACUCUCGAAGGCCAUAAGAAUGUGGUCUACACCGUGUCCUUCAACAACCCAAUCUCAGACAAAAUAGUAACCGGUUCCUUUGAUAAGACCGUUAAGGUCUGGUGUUCUCGAACAGGGCAUUGCUUUCUAACUGUGUGGGGACACAACGCUGAAGUAGUUGUUGCUAGAUUCUCGCCCAAUUGUAACAGAAUUGGAACAGGUUCUUUAGACAUGACGUCGAAGAUAUUUGACUUAACAACAGGUGAGGAAUUAGGAACGUUAAGAGGCCACACGGCAGAAAUAAUUGCUCUACAUUUUAAUAAUGAUGGAAAUCAAAUGAUAACUGGCUCCUUCGACAGUACUGUCAGUAUUUGGGAUGUGAGGACUUUCAGCCGCGCAAGCGUGUUAAUUGGUCAUCGGUCAGAGUUGUCCAACUGCGUCUACAACUUCGACUGUUCGUUGAUCGGCUCGUCGUCCAUGGACAAAACGGCCAAAGUUUGGGAGACGAGGAUGAACUCUUGCCUGGCCACUCUCCGAGGACACGGCGACGAGGUCCUGGACCUGACCUUCGACAACAAUGGGAAAAAGUUGGCGUCCGCCAGCAGCGACACCACCGCGCGAGUUUGGGAUGUGACCAGCGACUUCCAGCAGUUAGCCUUGAUGAAAGGUCAUCGAGAAGAGGUCUCGAAAGUCUGUUUCAGUCCAAAUGGCCAGCAUCUGCUAACGUCGUCCUUGGACAGAACGUCGAAAUUAUGGUCCUUGGAGAAUGGAUGCUGCGUACAGACACUGGAUGGUCACACAGACGACGUCUUCAGUUGCGCGUUCUCGUACAACGGCGACACUAUCAUCACGGCGAGCAAAGAUAAUACUUGCACGAUUUGGAGAUGACUCGAUUGGUUUCAGGUGUGUCCUUAGCUUUUGCUUGUCAUCUUGUUCAUUGCUUACGUUGUAUACUUCUAUGCAAUUUAAACGAAGAUUUGUUUCAAACGAAGCGAAAUUGAAUGUUCUUUUUUUUAAGAUUCCGUUUAUCUUCUGUAAAUCACUUUCGACUAAAAAGAAAGUGAUUGUACACUUUCGCCAGGAUAUCAAAU